AUGUCAGUGACACAGGCGCCCAAAGGCGCGACGAAUGCGGGAGUCUCCAAUAUCCCAUACUUCACUCCAGAGCAUAUGACAUCGCCUGGGGUGCCAUUCGACCUGUCCAAACCAGUGCCCACGCUGUUCACACCGUUGAAGAUUCGGGGCAAGACACUCCGCAAUCGUAUCAUCGUCGCUCCCAUGUGUCAGUACAGUACGGCGCCGGAUGGGCCGGACAUUGGAAAGCUAACCGACUAUCACAUCGCGACCUUGGGACACUACGCGCUGAAGGGCGCGAGCUUGGUCUUCAUUGAAGCUACGGGUGUGCAGGCCAACGGACGUAUCUCGCCGAAUUGUCCUGGUCUGUGGGACGACAGCCAGAUCGAGGCCGUGAAGAGGGUGGCAGACUUUAUCCGCUCGCAGGGAGCCUUGUCGGGAAUUCAGCUCGCGCACGCGGGGCGCAAGGCGAGCACAUUGCCACCGUGGGUUGCAGCAACACUGGGAAAGCGCACUGGAGCACGAGCGUCGAAAGAGGCAGGAGGAUGGCCCGAUGAUGUUGUCGGCCCGAUGGGCGGACCUGGGGAGACUUGGGACGGAUUGAACGACAAUAGUGGUUAUUAUCCUCCAAGGCAACUAUCCAUGGUUGAGAUUCAAGAGCUUGUAAAGGACUGGGCAGCGAGUGCGCGCCGUGCUGUCGACGCCGGGAUCGACGUCAUCGAGAUCCACGCUGCACAUGGAUAUCUGCACCAUCAAUUCCUCAGCCCUAUCACAAAUCGACGGACAGACGAGUACGGCGGCAGUUUCGAGAACCGAACCCGAUUCUUGAGAGAAGUCAUACAGGCGAUCCGCAAAGUGAUCCCAGAAACAAUGCCACUAUUUCUCCGGGUCAGCUCCACUGAGUGGAUGGACCACACGGACAUCGGCAAGAAAUAUGGCAGCUGGGACGUAGAAGAUACGACCAAGCUAGCGCAGCUACUUCCAGAUCUUGGUGUAGAUCUUCUCGACGUUAGCAGUGCCGGAAACCACCCGCUUCAGCGAAUCAACACAUUUGAGUCCAAGGACUAUCAGAUCAAAAUUGCAAAUCGGAUCCGCUCUGACCUAAAAGGAUCUAACCAUCAAUUGCUGAUCGGCGCAGUUGGCCUGAUCACCGAGGCCGAGCAGGCUAGGGAUAUUGUCGAUGAUAAUGGCUCAGAUUUGAGUAUUGGUGAGGAAGCUGCUGCGGCAAAGGAGAUGACGGAGGCGAAACCUGGCAAGCAACCCAUGGCGGAUGUGAUUCUCGUGGCUCGCCAAUUUAUGCGAGAGCCCGAAUGGGUCCUCAAAGUUGCAUGGAAGCUUGGUGUCGACGUCGCAUGGCCGAAUCAGUUCUUGCGAGUGAGGUUCCCAAAAUUGUAA